GGAUUCUAUUUCAAAUUGUUCAUUCAAAAAAAAAUUCGGAUAUAAAACGUAUAGCAUUUCUGAUCUCGUCCCUCUUCAUAAGUUUCCGAAUAAAUUAGUUUGGAAAUCGAUACAUAUUGAUCAAACAAACGGAGAACGCUUACCAAUACAAAAGCUCGAUUUAUCAUACGUCAAAUUCUAUUUUCGACCAAUGGCAAUCGAGAAACAGAACUGUAAAGAACGGCAAAUUCUGACCUUUACCAAAGGAUUCGUGUACUACGCAUGUGCGAUAGUAUCCAAGAAGAGGAUCGAUAAACAGCAGCACCAACAUCAGGUACACUUAGUGAUUGUAUAAACGUAGUGUGUACCGUUAAUAGUGUGUGUAGUCUGCUGAGAAUGUUUACCAAUUUGAAAUUAUCCGGUGGUGUGUUGAAGGUGAAGUUGCAUAAAUCCAUCCUUAGAGUAGUGAUAGGAAAUGAACUUUAUCAAGAAGAAAAUCAAAAGUCAUAAAAAGGGACUUGAUAAAGAGGAUGAUUUUGAAAAUAUCCCACACGAAACGACAUCAACAACCGAAAGAAACAGUGAAGAGCAACAAUCUAAUAAAAAUACUGAAGAGUGGCAAUUUUUUCAACAAUUAACUCAACGUGUGCAGGACACUGUAGAAAAAACCCAAACAACACUAACUAAAUUAAAAGACAGUAGUGCUAUUGCUGAACUUAAUAAACCAGAUUAUCUUUCUGACUCAGAUGAAAAUGAAAGUAAAGUUUUGCCCUCGGUUGCCCAAUCUUGGGUUCAUUUCGAAGACGAUACAAAUUCUACUUUGCUUAAUGUAGACAGUUCUUUAGAUAACGCUUCAGGUAAACCUCCGCCGCCUAGACCACCACCACCAAAAUUAAUAGAGACUAAUACUGUUAAAUCGACAGACAAAGAUACAGUUUUAAAUGAAGAUGUUACAAAAAUUUCGGAAACUCCCAAUCAGGGAGUUUCGUUAUUAGACGAAUUUGGAUUUCAGGCAGACACCGCUUCUAUUCCUCAGUUUUCCGCUCAGUUAAAUAUUAAUGAUUUAUUAGCAUUAGAAGAAAACGAGGAACAAGGACCUGAUCCAUUUGAUACUUCGUUUGUUGAUACUUCUAAUACAGUUUUAAAGGAAAGUAGUUUUGAUGAACUAGGCAAAGAAACACUUAAGGAAGAACAUAUUGACAAAGAACCAGAUCCAUUUGAUACAUCUUUUGUUAACAGACUUGGUAAUUUAGAAAUAGCAGACAAUGAUGUUUCUAAAGAGGAUUAUAAUUUCACUUUAGAAAAAAAAAUCGACGGUGGAAUUAAUUUAGAAAAGAAUGAAAUAGCAACACCAGUAGAAGUUACUAAUAUUGUUUCUGAAAGUGUUGAUAUUAACGGCGAAGACACAAUGAGUAAUCCAUUUUUGUCUGAUUCUGAUACUCAACCGUCUGGUUUUUCAAAGGCACUUUUUGAUAUAGACUCUCAGAGUAAUGAUUUAUUUGGUGUAUCGAAGCCGAAAUCUACCACUAAUCCAUUUGAAAGUGAUACAUCUACUCAGGAUAUUGACCUCUUAGGUGAUGCAUUUGCUACAUCUCUGGAGGAUAAAAGUUCAUUGGAGGAGAAGCCCUCGGUUGUUGAUCAGUGUUUAUUCGAUCCUUUUGGAUUCGGUCCGGAAGAUAAUUUAAAGUCGAAUGACGCAGAAUUAAUUCAGCCUGUGCAGCAAGAUUUAUCUAAGAAAACACAGUUACCUAGUGAACAAUUUGAUUUCUUAACCAAACAACCCGAAGUGGAAACAUCCAGUGUAAAUUUAUUAGAAAAAUCUCUUGAUAUUAUUACUAACAACGCACCAACUGAUGAUUUAUUCUCAUCACAAUCAAGCACUCUGACCGGGCAAAAUGGUAUAGUUGAUAUUAAUCAGAAACGGGACAGUAUAAAAUCAAUUGAUAAAAAUGCAAUAACAUCUCCAGAACAAAAUGUGCAUUCUCGUUCAGUUUCAGAGGCAGUUUCUUUGGAUGAAAUCUCCGACGCCGAAAAAUCGUUGCCUCCAGGUUCCCGAAAAAUGAGUACGGCUAUGGAAGAAUUAGACGAUUUUUUCGGUGGGGGUAUUAGUAAAAGUGUGGCACAAACUGUAGAUGUUUCUACAACUAUCACUAAGGAAAAUCGAAACAAAAUCGAAAGUGAUCCUUUUGCAAAUAUUUUUGAAGGAAGUGAAAUUACUAAAGAUACGGAACCUUCUAACUUAACUUCAGUAACAGAUGUUACUAAAGAAUGUGUUGGUUUUGAUAUGGGUGAAGUUAAAACGGCGUCAGUGCCCUCAUCAUUGGAUGAUUUAAUGAGUAGAUCGGAUGCUCCGUCAGUUCUCAAUCCCUUUGAGACUUCUGUACCAGCUCAACCAUCAGACGAAGAUAGUACAAAAGCUUUUGACCCAUUCGGAGGCUUCAUGGAUAGCGAUACUAAGACUGAUACAGAUUUGUUAAAUACUACUACAAAAAUUUCAGAUUCGUUUACUGCAGUUGAUACUUUUUCAUCUGAUUCAAAACUUGAUGAUGCCGCAAUUGCCAGCGCUAUUGCAGAUCCAUUUGAUACUAGCAUGAUGAAACCAGAAAUUGUUAAAGAUGCCAUUCCUUUCACAGAAACAGCAGCAUUCGAAGCUUUUGCAGCAAAAUUCGAAGAAGCGAUCGAAAAACUUGAUGAUAAAUGCGUAACUAAAGAUGAAUUCGAUCCGUUUGGCGUUGCAGACUUUCCAGAUAAAAUUGGUGAUGAUCAGCAAGGUUUUGGAGGAUCGGAUUCUUUUGAUCCAUUUUUAUCUAUGACGAAACCUCCCGAAAACACUCCAACUCGCCUUCCACCUCAAAAAGAGACGUCACAAGAUUCAUUUGAUGAUGAUGAAGGGCCUGAUUUUUCAGUUGUUAUUAGACCAAAAAUGAAAGAAAAAAUAGAAACCACUAUUUCUUUGGGUCCACCACCGGUACUACCUCCGCCUCCAAAAACGCCUCCAAAGAGUCCCGUACCACCUGUUUCAUCUAAAUUUAACCCUUUUGAUGUUGGUUUCGACGUGUCAUCGGAAGAUGCAACUCAAGAAGAACAACCCGCCGUAAUCGAACAGGAUUCGCUAUUCGGAGAAGCAAAACCACAAACUACAGAAGAAAUAACAGAAAAGAAACAACCCGAAUCCCUAGAAAGCCCAACAACACCAUUAUUCGAUGAGGAUACCUCACAACCAUUAGAAGAAUUUCCAGCAAAAUUUGAAGGAGAAGGUUGGGAAAUGAUGCUCCGCCAACCAAACAAAAAGAAAAUAACAGGAAAUAGAUUUUGGAAAAAGGUAUACGUUCGUCUUUCGGAUGGAGGCGUUCUUCAACUUUUCAACAAAAGUGAUGAUAAUGAUCCGUUUCAAGAGUUGCCUUUACAGGCUUGUUAUUCACUCUCAGAGAUAGGAGCUCAACAAUUUGAUGCUUAUGGUAAAAUCUUUACUGUAAAACUGCAGUACAUAUUUUAUCGAGAAAGGGUAGGAGUACGACCUGGCCAGAUAAGCAAGGUGAUGCAAGGACAUAUUACAAGUGUUGGGCAGAUAGCCAAACUUGGUCUUCCAUUGGAACAUGCACCUCAAGUUUCCCAAUUAUUGAAAUUGGGAACUCAGUGCUAUUCAGAUAUCAAGACAUUUGUUCAGAUUGUGGAAGAUGCUUUGUUUCAUCUUACAAUACACAGGGAUCGAUCUUUAACAUAUAAAACAGAAGAAGUGCAAGUUACAGUCCAAGAUGAAUUUUAUGUUUAUCAAGAUAAAACAGGCCAUGUGUGCAAACAGUUAGCACGUGUACGAAUUUUCUUCCUUGCUUUCAUCACAGGUAUGCCUGAUGUUGAAAUAGGUUUAAAUGAUCUUACAAGACAAGGUAAAGAAGUUGUAGGACGAUAUGAUAUAAUUCCUGUAGUUACAGAAGAGUGGAUACGACUAGAAAACUGUGAAUUUCAUUCCUGUGUUCUUCAAGAAGAAUUUGAAAAUAAUCGUAUUAUCAAAUUUCAUCCACCUGAUGCUUGUUUAUUUGAAUUGAUGAGAUUUCGUAUUCGUCCUCCAAAAAACAGAGAACUGCCUUUGCAAGUAAAAGCAGUCAUGUUAGUGACAAAAGCAAGAAUUGAAUUACGUACAGAUGUACUUGUUCCUGGUUAUCAUGGUAGAAAACAUGGACAGAUUCCUUGUGAAGAUAUUCAAAUUAGGUUUCCCAUUCCUGAAUGCUGGAUAUAUUUAUUUAGAGUAGAGAAACAUUUUCGUUAUGGAUCAUUAAAAGCUGCUGCUAGAAAGCCAGGAAAAAUAAAGGGUCUUGAGAGGAUAAUGGGUACUGCACAAAGUUUAGAUCCUAGUCUGAUAGAAGUAUCAACAGGAAAUGCUAAAUAUGAACAUGCAUUAAAAGCCGUAGUAUGGAGAAUCCCUCGACUUCCAAAAGAGGGCCAAGGUGCCUAUACAACACAUUUAUUCCUAUUGCGAUUAGAUAUGACUUCAUUUGAUCAGAUUCCUGAAUCAUUGAGUCAGCACGUGGAUGUAGAAUUUACAAUGCCAGCAACAACUGUAUCUCACACUACAGUGAGAUCUGUCUCUGUCACUAAUUCAAAUCCACCAGAGAAAUAUGUUCGUUAUGUUUCAAAACAUGAAUAUAAAGUUGAAAUAGAGUUUACGGAAAGUAAGGCAGAGAGUGAGUACGUAACGGCAGCAGCAACAACAACAACAACCGCCAACAUUCCUCCAACUCUUGCAGAAACACCUUCCAACGAACAUGAGGAUGACGACAGUGACUGAAUUAUCAAUUCAACUCAAAUAGGUUAAAGAAAUCUUCAAAACAACUGAGUGUUGGGAUUUGUAUCAAAAUGAUAAAAAUAUUCUAUGUGCCUGUCAAUAUUGAUUGUUAAAUUUCUGUUUUCUCCAGGAAAUGGCAGCAAGAUUGGAAGCCUUCUGGAUGUUGCCAGUAAAAAAAAGGUGUUCUAAAAUCUGUAAUAAUAGUUAUAUUCAUCAACAAUUCAGAACGAAUUUGUUGCAAAUUAAAAUGAACAUUGCAAUCGAUCAAUCUUCCCAAGAUCAUCAUUCAUAUCUUGGCACAUUGCUUUGAAACUUUCAUCUAAAUGGUGCAAUUUAUUGUUGCUUUUUUGAUUGUUGUAGAUAUUAUUUACAUAUACAAAAUAUAUAUAUAAAUUUAUUUCAAAUCACAUUAAUUCAUGAUAUGUAUAUCAUGUGAUAAAAUCAUAUUUUUAUUUCUUUGGAUAAACGUUUUGUAUAUUGUAUAUAUUAUUUAUAUCCAUUCAACAGAAAUUUAUUUUUGACUGCACUUAAAUAUAAAAAUCAAGUAUUUAAAGAAAAGUAUUUAAUUUUAAUCACUAAAAAUGCAAAUGCACACUAUAUUAAAACUAUAGUAUAACAUUUUAUUCAGAUGAUUUGAUAGUUUAACAUAUGUUUUAGUAAAAAUUGUGUACACAGAUAUGUUGCAUAAUAUGAAUGUGGAAUAGUACUUGCUAUUCCAGUUACU